UUCUGUUGGUGAGCCAUGGAUGACACGGCAACAGAAAAGGUAUGAUUAACCACCCAACUUUGUUCCUUUAAAUACGGACUCUCAAGGUUUGUUCUACCAUUAAAAGCGGAUUGUCUUCCAUUUGCAGAGGAGAGUUGGCAAUUGGGAGUUGUAAUCCUCAGGGAAGUUGAAGUUGAUGGAGUAAAAAACAAUAGCAGAUCAAAGCAGCAACCACAGAUAAAAUGAAGAACCGUAUUCGAAAUCAUGUUAUUGGGAGUCCAGUAAACUCGGUAUCUUACAAAGUUGAACAGGAAGCAGAGAAACCUACUUCAGUACCUGAAUCUGAUAACCCAUACUUCAUUUCCUCUACUUCCGAAAGGUCUUCUAGAUCUAAACAAAGUAAAAUAGACACGCUGAUUGAAUGGAUGAACAAGUUUGGGAAGACAGCAGAUAAUUUUGCACAUGGGGUUUGUGAGCAUGUCAGAUUGGGGCCCAAUAUGUCUGAAACUGUGAAGGGAAAAUUGAGCUUGGGGGCCAGAAUUCUUAAAGGAGGUGGGAUGGACAAGGUAUUCAAACAGAUUUUCAGUGUUACCGAAGGAGAGAAGCUAUUGAAGGCUUCCCAAUGCUAUUUAUCAACAACAUCUGGUCCUAUUGCUGGGCUUCUCUUUAUCUCCACUGAGAAAGUUGCCUUUUGCAGUGAGAGGUCUCUUACAUUAACAUCUACAUCUGGGAAGCUGAUUAGAACACCUUAUAAGGUUUUGAUUCCGCUAAAGAAGAUAAAGAGAGUGCACCAAAGUGAAAAUGUGAAGAAGCCAGCCCAAAAGUACAUACAAAUAGUCACAGUGGAUGGUUUUGAGUUCUGGUUUAUGGGAUUUCUAAAUUAUCAGAAUGCUUUCAACUAUCUUCAACAAGCCAUCUCCGAAUCUUAAAUGAGUUAGUUCUCAGCAAUGAUACUGAGAGAAUCAUUACCCUCAGCUCCUUUGUAUCUCCUUGUACAAAAUAAAAGAAGGUUCAGAGUUACAGAUCAUGUAUAAACUUGGGUUAAUUAUGCAAGAUAGCUCCACAAUUCUUCACCAGUAUUCAUAUACACAGAUUGCUUAGCAGGAUAUUGUUUCAGCUCUUUCAGGUUUUUCUCAUUUUUGUAAUCACAAUACAUAAAUGUGAUCGAAAUUGUACAUGAAAAAGUUUUUGGAUGCUAAAUGCUUUGUACA